AUGCCUUCAGUUCAAUCGCUACCGUCUUGUCUGCAGACACUCCCAGAGGAGCUGCUGGUCAAGCUCGUGUGCAACUACCUCGAGGUUGUCGACAUCGUGCGCCUGCGUCAGACGAACAAGUUCUUCCAUACUUUCACUCGUAACCAGGGUCUCUGGCGGCGUAUGUUCGCAGCAGCUGGCCCGUUGCCACGUGUAUUCCCAAAGCCGCUCCCCGAACUGUAUCGUUUCACCGACCGCAGCUGUGCCGAGCUGCUAGAAUACGCACGCGACCUUGACGACGCGUGGUACGCCCCGCAUCCGAAAUUCGAUGAGUGGGUCUUCGACGCGUGCUUUCGUGUGCAGGAGGUGUUGCUUCUUCCGGGGUGUCGGUACCUGCUUGCCACGGUGAGCCUGCACGACGAGAGAGAUCUGCGCGGCAGGCAGGAUGCGCACGCUUGGGGGCUCGUCGUAUACGCGCUCGUGGGUAGACGUGGGCCGCUGCCGCUGGUGUUCUAUCGGACAAGCGGCCUGGCAUACGAUCUAACGGCGAAGUUUAACAAUGUACAGACGCGGCCGAAGGACCAAAAACCGGGCGCGUUCACAUUUGCAUAUAUCACGAACAAUGGGUGGUUAGUAGACAAGCAGGGUAGGGGCGGUCUAGAGGAGAAGGACCUGGAAGCGGAGUGGUUGAGAGACGGCCUCAAAAGCCACCACGAGAAGAUCGCGACGGAGUGGACGGCGCAUCAGAUCGGCAUCGUGCUCGAGAACCUUGAAGGAUUAUACAUCAAGGCUCAGGAGAUUGUCCCGGGUACUCCUGCAUUCGACAGAUACCUCAAAAUACUCGUUCGAAUGGAUGUUCGGUCAUGUAUUGUCACGCCACCGAGCAUUUCAGAACGCAGGCCGCUCAGUGUGCCCCAACUACUCCAUCUAACAGAGGGCGACCCUGCGACGAUGCUUCUCGCCGUGCUCUGCCCGCCGUAUGUCCUUGUGCAGCAGGCUUGGGUCAAAGAGCCUCUGUCAUGGACCAUCGAGUUCAACGCGGACGCGAAAAUGGGGGAUGAACGGAGUGGUGCAACAAAUAUUAUACGUGCGGUUCGGUUCAUUCCUGAAACCAAGCAAAUUGUUAUCGCGCGACAGAAGAGCGACGGCCACCUCGAGAAUUCAGCAUCCGCAGAGCUGCACGUCUGUUUGUACGAAAUUCCCUCGGAGCUCUACAAGACGAGCGAUGAUAUACGCGUCAGCGGGCACAUUCCCGUUCGCGAGGUCCUCGGUUUCCAUUCGAAGGUCUCGACGUGUUCGGACAUACACUUCGCGACAAUCGACAAGAACCCUGUCUGGAAGUCGAGACCAGGCAAUCUGCCGGAGCGCUUCGAGCACUUGCCCGCACUGUCCGUCUUCCUCAGCAGCGUCCCGCGUUCGUCCGGCACAGGCCUUAAGCGCUGGACCGUCCAUGCGUGUUCACCGCACCUACAUGUGCCUGAGCAUAAUGUGAGCGCAUACUCGAGCGUGCGCUUCUAUGCGCCGGACAUGGACGAGUUCGGGUAUGGCCCGCGUACCUCGCAUGCGCCAGGUGCGGUACCCAUGCUCGCGCCACACCUGUGCUUGGACGGCAUGAUGAGCGUGUUCCUCGGUGCACAAGCCGAAAAGGAGUGGCGGCCUGUGCAGAGCUCGACAGGUGCGGGACGCCAGCUCCUCUACGCUGCCGAGGCAGGUAAGGGAGAAUAUGCUUCGCGGGUCGCAGGGUUUUAUAGGCUCUGUGAAUUUGUUGGUGGACAAUCUGCCGUGAGGCGCCUUCCUGUCUCUUUGCCUCUCUACGAGGGCGGUGUUUGGGAUUGCUCUAAGCUCAUUGUGGCAUGGGACGACUCCAUGGGUCGGAUAUGCUGGACAUUCCCUGGUUCUAGGACGAUACGAGUUGUGGACCUUGUCCCAUUAAUUAAGAGAGACUCUUGGGCGAAUAGUUCUGUUUCUAGUAUUGUUCCCGCGGUCGUGGUCGGUAGUCCCAUCAGGUCUAAUUCUGAAAGCGUCGAGCUGUCGCCCGCCGUAGACUCGCGCUGGAGCAGGCGAAUCUCAGUUCUAACGGAACUGGACUUCUUCCUGUGGGAUUCGACGACUCCGCCCAGAAGAUAUUGA